AUGGAAGAAGAGCUCGAAGUCGCAGCAAGGGAGGAACUCGGAGAAACACCCGAACUCAGAAAGGAAAGCGUGGACAAGUUCCGGGAACUACUGCAAGAAGAAACUGAUCUUCGACCUCCACCCGAUUACGUUCUUCUUAUGUUCCUGCGAGCCCGAAAGUACAAUAUGGACAACGCCAUGAAGUCCCUGAAGGCUUUCUUUCGUAUCCGCACCAAGCUUCCUGAGUACUACGAUAACCACUUGCCAUCGGCUCUGGAUUACCAGACAGUCGUGAGGGAACAUAAGCUGCUCAUGUUAUCGAAGGACAGAGACUCCCAAGGCAGGGCCGUAGGGCUGGUAAGACUCGGAGCUUGGAACGGCAGUAUUUGCUCUUUCAAUGAGUUGCUCAAGUGGGUCUUAAUUGGAGUGGAGUGCGCUCUUCUUGAGGACGAGACACAGAUACGAGGAAUUAUGGGUGUCCUUGACCUUGCCGGAUUAGGAGUGCACCAUAUUAUCCAGAUGACACCAAGGUUGCUUCGACUGACUGUCGCCCUCGCUCAAGACACUUACCCGUGUCGCCCUAAGGCAUUGUACAUAGUGAACACUCCCGCUGUAUUUGAAGGGAUGUUCUACUUAUUCGUGAAGCCAUUUUUAUCGAAGAAACUUAAAACACGGGUGCACUUGCUCAAGGGUGGCUUGUCGGAACUCUGUGGUGUGAUUCCUUCCGAUCUCAUACCGGAAAAAUACGGCGGUACACUCGAGCAGUUCGAUUUCGAUAGAAUGGAGCGUUAUUUACUCGACAAAUCAAGGCACUUCGAAAUAAUACGUCAGUGCGGCUACGCAACGAAUUGCUCCACGACGUGAAAAAUAGAAGGAAGCAUCGCCACUCUGUUUUCUCUUGGUCGAAUCUCUCGCCACUCUGACAGUUCAUCGCGUCUGCGACCACAACUGAAUUUAGGGUUCUGUGUGUGUACAGUAACAGCCGCUGUUCGCAACUAUCUAAUUAACAUGUUCAGGUUAAGCAAGUCGUGCGGCCCUUGGUGUCCGCCUUAAAAGAGGGCAUUGAGAAAGCAACGGAAUUGGAGAAAUAAAACCUUGAAUUAAGUAUGGAAAUAUAAUUAUCACUGUAUUCAAUGGCACCUUUCUCCGGGCAAAAUUUGUUUUAGCGCUUGAAGACACUUGAAUAUGAGCAGGACACGCGAAGCGCUGGUAACUUCUUAACUGAACUGGGCACGUUUUCACAACAACUUCUUAGUGCGCUAAAAGUGCCCUUAAGGCAAGUUUUCGGCCAAUCGGGAUGCUGGGCAUAUAAUUUGCGAGGCCUGCCCGCCAAUGGCAAUGUGCACUUGGGGAAUUCAGUCCCUGUGUUAGCAAGGCCGAGACCGGGGGGAAAGUGCACAUAGACCUUCGUCCUAAGUGUUGUUUGCCAUUGGCCCGUCGGUUUCACUCAUGAUAUGUCCAGUAACAGGACUGGCUUAAUACUGAGCUUACGAACAUUUUUAGCUCAAAGCAAUUUCAUGAACCCAGGCACUGGAGAGCCAGUGAACGCAUUUUUUUAAAGCAUACCUGGCCGUCUCUAGGUUGACAACGAUCAGUUUUAUUAACUGCUCAUUACUUUCUUUGAUUGGGAUAGAAAGUAUAUGGACACUCACGACGCCUUGUAGCCGUUGUCCUCUGCGUCACCGUCACCGUGAGGUUCCGUAUAAAGUCAAAUGACGAUAACAUCGCCCGGAGCGUCGUAUGUUCUAUGAGCGAGUGAAAGCGUGCGAGCGGAAUUGACGAACGUGACUCAAACGGAGAGGAAACGCGCGGGCCUUAUUUAGACCCACGAGAGGCCUAUUGUGGUGAGGGAGAGAGGGGGGGGGGAGCCGAAGGGGAGGCUGCGUGGCUGCGGCAGGCUCCGCACUUUGCUCGACCGGGCACGGUCGCGCACCCGUUUUAUCUUUUGAGAGACUGGCGAACGGCUCGUACAUUUUGUACGUGCUGUUCUCGACACUCGGUUUGCGGUGAAGUGAUAGACAGCAGGGAGGUGGCUUUGCUUGCUGCAGCAACCACGUUUCCUCACGGCGGCGUUUUAUUGUGAUGGCAGUUAUAUGGACACUCUCGGCGGGUUUUUGCCAUCGCCGUCCACUGUCAUGUUCCAUAUAAAGUUGAAAUCAAUAACAUCGCCCCGCAUUGUAUGUUCUACGCGUGAGCAAAAGCAUGCAAGCGCAGGGGACGAACGCGGCUGAAGCAGAGAUGAAACGAGCCGGCCAUCUCCGUCGCACGAAGGGUGCGUGCGAUAACAUCGCCCCGCGUGCGAGGCCUGUAGUCGAUGGCUCCUCAAGCAGAGAGGAAACGUCCAGGCCGUCUUUCGUAGGGCGAAGGAGCAUGGUGGAAUGAGAGAGGGCUGCAUCGCUCGAGCAGCAACUGCGAACACUAAAAGACUAUAGCUCAAAAAAAAACGACGAACGCAGGAAAGGGAAGCUGGCAACGUACAGGCGUGUUUCCGUUGUCUCCUUCCCUUUUCUGUGUCCGUAGUUUCAUUUUUUUAUUGCUCUAAACUAUUUUAGUGUUCAUGGAUAGGCAACUGGCCCAACAUCCUGACCAGCAACUGCGAACUUUGCUCAUAAGGGCGCGGUCGCGAGCGCUGGCACGCGCGCUAUCUCGACAAACAUCAGGAGACGGCUCGUAAACUUGCUGUGCUCUCCUCGCUUAAUCCGCGUUGAAUGAACCGACAGCAUGAAAACCGCUUCGUUCCCUGGCGUGGCCGUAUUCGCUUAAACCACUGUUUUGCUCAGUUACACGAGAUCGGAUCCGAAAGGAGUUAGCUGCUAGCCUUACUUAUAACAUUCCAAUGUGUAGCUAUCGCAUUUAUUGCUUCGCCCUUGCGGCGAAACUGACAUAUCAUAAGACGUUCCUGGACUAAACAGAAUGAAUAUUUGCAUUUAUGCUAUGUAAUAAAAAAAUGUUACCAUUAUUUGAGAGCAAUAGGCGAUUAUGUGGAUUGCAUAAUUAGUUGAAUGUAUGUAAUAACAGUGAAAACAGCGCGCUUAAGUACUGAAUGACCAUAGAGAAGAAGAAAUCACUGUCGACCCAACACGAACCACCAUGUUUGGACACGCUACACACCUUGAUAAAACGCGCCUAAUGCGCUUUAAAGCCACGCUUUCUUUCCCAAUGUUCCCACGCUUGCUUGCUGUUGCUGCUGCGGCCGCUGUUUUGCCGAAUAGCUGCCACAUAGAAGAGCAGAAUUAUAACGAAUUAGGCUAUAUAUAGCCACGCGUAUGGACCAUACAGAUGUGGUGGUGGUGUUAGCGGUUAUACUGCUAGUCUUGUAAGAGUGCGAAUUGCCUCAGCAAUGGUCAAUAUUCAGCGAUUCAAGGGCAGCCCGACAAUCUUUGACAUCAGCCCUGCGAAAUGGACCAUGCGAACAACUAGUUUUCGAGAUUGCGUAUACCCUCCAUACUUCAUUCCAGGUGACACUUGAGUGGCUGCCAAGUCACUGCUGCGGGAUAGGCAUGGAACACACCGAUAAUGCUGCUCGAUCAGCUCUUCAAGGCGACAGGGUAGAGACAAUACCCUUGUCUAGGUCUGAUGCUGCUUGCCGACUUCGAGUGAUCGCACAAGAUAUCCGGGUAUGCAUGACUUGACAGGUCGGGCAUGGCUUUGAACAAAGACAAACCAGUCUCUUUUAGUAUAACUCAUAAGAGAAGUCCGUUAAACACAACUGCACGCUGGCCGCUUCACCGCUAAAGCGGCAGUUGAAAAUUGCAAACACCUAGUCGUAAUGUUCUAUAACAACCUAUCUUGGAAAUUAUAUUCUAGCAAUGUCUGUUACACAAGGUAAUGACGGAACUCAUUACACAGCUAACGAUGAAAAAUAACAUUCCCCUCCUCGAGACAUGCAGGCAGGUGCUUUGCCCGAAUUCCUACGAUCCUAAUUAAGUGUCCUACGAUCACUAAUUAAUCGAGAAUUACCCCUAGACCCCACGUUAUACGUAACCCUUUUGUCCACAAGGCGUACGCGCCUCGACCACAAGCAUGUAUUAACCCCUCAUUUCACCACGACAAAUACUUCCAAAUUUUUCUUCUACACAAGA